ACUUCAUGUCCAUGAUCCAUAUAACUUAACACGAAUUAAGGUUGUAACAAAUUCAAUGGCUAUAAUAAUAAAAAAAAAAAAUGGAGAGAAAAAAACUUACUUAUACGUAAGCCUAACAACUAAGAUGACCCAUCUAUAAGGAAAAAAAAGAAAAAAAAAAAGAAAAAAAAAAAGACAUAUUAAUAAGCUUUAUUUAUACUAUAUAUAAAUAUACUCUUCAAACUUUAGCUUAUAAAUACACCCAUCCUCGUAUAUACUUAUUCCUAGCAGCAUCAUUAGCUGAUAACACCUUCAUUUUUCUCUUCUUCAAGCUAAUACAGCUUAAAUUAUACUGUUACCAAAAUAUUUUCUUUGUAAAGAAAAAUGGCGGAUAAUAAUGAGAAUGGAUAUCCAAUAAAAACAGUGGUUUUGUUGGUUAUGGAGAAUAGAUCCUUUGAUCACAUGCUAGGAUGGAUGAAAUCUCUCAACCCGGAAAUCGACGGUUUAACGGGUCAGGAGUCUAACCCGUUAAACACUUCGGAUCCCAACUCGGGUCAUAUCAAAUUCGGAGAUGGGUCUGUUUUUGUGGAUCCAAACCCUGGUCAUUCUUACCAAGAUAUCUAUGAACAGGUAUAUGGAGAACCAUGGAGUCAAGAAUCAGUGGACAAGAAGUUACCCCCAACAAUGCAAGGAUUUGCCCAAAAUGCAAACCGGAUCCAAAAUGGCAUGGCCGAAACCGUGAUGAACGGGUUCAAACCCGAAUUAGUACCGGUUUACAAAGAACUUGUAACCGAAUUUGCUGUAUGUGAUAGGUGGUUUGCUUCAAUGCCAGCAUCCACACAACCAAAUAGGUUGUAUGUGCACUCAGCAACAUCACACGGUUUAAUAGGAAAUGACAGCAAGAAAUUGAAUGCAGGGAUGCCUCAGAAAACCAUUUUCGAUUCGUUACAUGAUGCUGGUCAUAGUUUUGGUAUUUACUAUCAAUCUGCACCAUCCACUCUGUAUUACAAGAACCUUAGGAAAUUGAAAUACGCGACAAAGUUUCAUCCUUUUGAUGUGACCUUCAAGCUCCACUGCAAGGAGGGAAAGCUACCAAAUUAUGUGGUGAUCGAGCCAAGGUAUUUUGAUUUACUAGCAUUGCCGGGAAAUGAUGAUCAUCCAUCCCAUGAUGUGUCAACAGGUCAAAAAUUCGUCAAGGAAGUUUAUGAAGCGUUGAGGUCAAGUCCUCAAUGGAAUGAGUUGUUGUUCAUGGUUGUAUACGAUGAGCAUGGCGGGUUUUAUGAUCAUGUGCCUACCCCUGUUGAAGGUGUGCCUAACCCUGAUGAUCUUGUUGGUCCUGGUCCAUAUAAUUUCAAGUUUGAUCGCCUUGGUGUUCGUGUUCCUGCCAUGUUCAUCUCACCCUGGAUUGAACCCGGAACAGUCCUGCAUACUCCUUCAGGGCCGCAACCAACAUCUCAGUACGAGCAUUCCUCAAUUCCAGCAACAAUCAAGAAGUUUUUCAAUUUGAAGGACUUUCUUACCAAACGAGAUGCAUGGGCAGGAACAUUUGAAGUUGUCUUAAACAGAACAACUCCAAGAACAGACUGUCCAGUUACACUGGCUGAGCCAAUGAGACUUCGAGACUUUGAGGCAAAGGAAGACAAUAAACUAUCAGAUUUUCAAGAAGAAUUGGUGCAGUUGACAGCAAGCUUAAAGGGAGACCAUAAGAUGAAAGACGGUCCUUUGGAUGGUAUGACUGUUGCUCAUGCUGCUGAGUAUACCAGUGAGGCCUUCAAGGUCUUCAUGGCAGAGUGCGCGAAAGCUAAGAAAAAUGGCGCGGCUGAGGACUCUGUGGUGGUGGUUGAAGGCACUGAAGAAGAGAUAAUCACUAACAAAGACAGCCUCAAACCCAAAACUUUUUUCCAAAAGUUGUUCUCUUGUGCUGAUUGAUGAUAACAUUAUAUGGAUGGUACUUGUAUUAUUAUUCAAUAAUAAUCAUCUAUUUAUGUUUUUAAAUGAUGUAGUAGAUAAACAAUUGUAUAAUUUAUUAAACUUAUUAUGUUUGUAAAUAGUUUGUGGAAUGCAUGUCCCAUAUCUUGGUUUGCUUUGUGAUAGAAUUGAAGUGACGAGUUUUUUUAAUUACUUAAAUAAGUUA